AUGGGUUUCCAUUUGCGUUCUAUUCGACGGGCAUCAUUAACAGCUAGCCCAGCAGCAUCAAAAUCAGAACAAGUCCCAAAGGGUUAUCUUGCAGUCUAUGUUGGAGAGAAUCAAAAGCGGUUUGUGAUUCCCAUAUCAUACUUGAAUCAACCUUCAUUCCAAGACUUGCUGAGUCAAGCUAAAGAAGAGUUUGGAUACGAUCAUCCGAUGGGUGGCCUCACAAUUCCUUGCAGCGAAGAUGUUUUCCAACAUAUUACUUGCCUCUUGAAUAGAUAA